AUGGGUGGAUGUACGAUCCGUGAGCUCGUCAGGGCCAACAAACGGGUAACUCCCAGGCAUGUUCGAUACUUCUUCCACUGCCGUGAACCGCUGCAGGGUGACGGCGGUGCUCACCCGCAAGUCGAGCGAGGGCAACGUGCAACCCGCGCAGUCGACGACGAGGGCCGCAAACGGGUGGCAACCUACGCUAGCUGGAUCCUGACGGGGAUCAUCAUCUUCGUGGCGGUGGUGGUCCUUAUCUCCAACCGGAAAGUUGAGAGAUGGGAUUGCGGGGCUCCUGGUGGCAUAUUUUGCUGGGGCGUGGUGGCGGCGGCCCCCGGCUUGUGCCUGCUGUCGCUGCUCUGGUCGCCAACGAGGGUGACGGCAAAGAAUGGCAUUGCAGGACUGCUGGCGGCAUAUUCUGCUGGGUGA